AUGGCCACUGUUGAAAAACUAACACCGCUGCCACUGUCGGUGCCUAAGGAGGCAGAUUUCAAUGAUUCAGUUGAAUCGCCAUAUAUGAUUGAGGUUGCUGAUGAAAGCACCUCUAGAUUCACCAGAUUUAAGGAUUCGUUUAGGCGAAAGGUAGUGGAUGAGUCACAGAAACAUGAAAUUGGGCGUCAAAUGUCCAAGGCUAUCAGUCUACGUCACUUGAUACUUAUGGCUCUCGUUACUGGUAUUGGUACUGGUCUUUUGGUUGGUACCGGGCUGGUUUUGCAUAAAUCCGGACCAUUGUUUCUUGUAAUUGGUUUCGCUAUCGUUGGUUCAUUUUUGUAUCCCACUUUACAAGCAGCAGGUGAGAUGGCGGUUAACUAUUCCGAUUUAUCUGGUGGAUACAACAAUUAUCCUAGAAGAUUUAUUGACGAAUCAGUUGCAUUUGCAAUCACAUGGAAUUAUUGUAUUCAAUGGUUAUCUGUCAUUUCUAUUGAAUUGGUUACUGCUGCAAUUACUAUCUCGUAUUGGAACACAACUGUUAAUGCCGACGUUUGGGUCACAAUUUUUUACGUCGUGGUUGUAACUAUCAAUUUCAUUGGUGCUUCAGGAUAUGGUGAAGCUGAAUUCAUCAUUGGAUCUUGCAAGAUUAUGAUGAUUGUUGGAUUUAUCAUCAUGGGUAUAGUUGUCAAUGUAGGUGGAGGACCCAACCACGAGUUUAUUGGAGGUAGAUACUGGAGGGAUCCCGGAUACUAUACAAAUUUCAAAGGUUUAUGUUCAGUAUUUGUUACAGGUAGUUUUGCUUUUGGACAAACUGAGUUUGUUGCUUUGAGUGCUAGUGAACAAUCAAAUCCAAGGAGAGCAAUCCCUAUCGCAACUAAAUUGGUUGCGUAUCGUAUUGUAAUUGUUAUGCUUGGUAGUUUGACCAUUGUUGGUUUGCUUGUUCCUUACACUUCUGACAGAUUGAUGGGAUCCAGCGGUGGCGGAUCACAUGCAUCUCCUUAUGUCUUAGCUGCUGCAUUGCACGGUGUCAAAGCUGUGCCAUCAAUCAUCAAUGCCGUUAUUCUUAUGUCAGUCACAUCUGUUGCAUCUUCUGCAUUGUACUCAUCCUCAAGAACAUUGCAAUCAUUAGCCGAACAGGGUUUUGCACCAAAGUGGUUCAAUUACAUUGAUAGAACCGGUAGACCAUUACGUGCUUUAGCCAUCUGUGCAUUCUUUGGGUUGUUUUCAUUUAUUGCAGCAUACAAGAAACAGGAAACUGUUUUCAACUGGUUGCUUGCCAUUUCCGGAUUAUCACAAAUUUUCACUUGGGGUGGAAUUUGUAUUUCACAUGUUCGUUUCAGGGCCGCCUUAAAAUACAACAAUAUUUCAACUGAUUCAUUAGGAUACGUUGCCAAUACUGGUGUCAUUGGAUCAUACUAUGCCAUUAUUUGGUACUGUUUAGUUUUGAUUGCUCAAUUUUGGAUUGCCUUGUAUCCUAAAGGUGAAGGUAAACCAAAUGUAACCUCAUUUUUCCAAAAUUAUCUUGGUGUUAUUGUGUUGCUUUUCUUUUACGUUUGUCACAAAUUAUGGACUCGUAAUUGGUCGCUAUUUGUACCUUUGAAAGAUAUUGAUAUCAACUUGGAUAGAACACUUUUCGAUGAAGAGUUAUUGGCCAUUGAAAAGGAGGAAGAGAAGGAGAAAUGGAAAAAGGCUCCAUUUUAUAAAAAGGUAUUGCAAGUGCUAUUUUUGUAA